UUUUUUUGUAGCGAACAAACGGAAGUUGACAUUUUUGUAAGCGGAAGUUUUAUAUGCCUGCCUUAAAUAAUAUGGCACACAAAACGAGUUUUGAUGAUGCCUUGGAUUACAUAUUCAUUGCAAAUGACAAAAAUCCCAAUACCUAUGUCAUAUCAUCAGCCGCCUAUUCAUCUGCCACAGCCGCCACAACAAUAACGACAUCAUCUGGUCAUGAUGUCAGCAGUCGUAUAACAAAUACUCUAAGCGGCACUGCUGCUUUAACUGCUGCCACAAUCACUGCCACAACUGCUAUAUUUGGUAGCAGUAAUAGCAAUGCAUUUGCCUCUGAUUCUCUUAUAACAGCGGCAUCAGCAUCAUCCGCAUAUUCCUCGCCAUCAACGCUAAUGUUGCCCUCAUCCCCCGACAGCAGUAUGUUUGCUAAUGUAGCUGUAGAUUUGGGCUCACUGUUAAUCAAUGACACCCUGUUAAAUGAUACUAGUCUGCUGGCAGAUCUAGUCAAUAUAAGUGAUGCCUAUAGCAAUGGCACGGCGAGUGGGAAUAUGACCAGCCCAGAAGAUUUAGGGGAAUUAAUACGUAUGGCUGCCACAUCUGUUAUAUUGGGUCUUAUGAUAUUGAUAACCAUUAUAGGCAAUGUUUUUGUAAUUGCUGCCAUCAUUUUGGAACGAAAUUUACAAAAUGUUGCUAAUUACCUGGUAGCGUCACUAGCUGUAGCUGAUUUAUUCGUUGCUUGUCUCGUAAUGCCGCUGGGCGCAGUUUAUGAGAUAAGUCAAGGUUGGAUAUUGGGACCGGAAUUGUGUGACAUUUGGACAUCAAUAGAUGUAUUGUGCUGCACAGCUUCAAUACUACAUCUGGUGGCAAUUGCUGUUGAUAGAUAUUGGGCGGUAACAAAUAUCGAUUACAUCCACUCACGCACCAGUCGUCGUGUUUUUCUUAUGAUAUUUUUCGUAUGGACAGCAGCGGUUAUUGUAUCGCUGGCCCCUCAGUUCGGUUGGAAGGACCCAGACUAUUUGCAGCGCAUAGAGCAACAAAAGUGUAUGGUUUCACAAGACAUUGCAUAUCAGAUAUUUGCCACUUGUUGCACGUUUUAUGUGCCAUUAUUGGUUAUAUUGUUUUUGUAUUGGAAAAUCUAUCAGACGGCCAGAAAACGUAUACACAGACGACGCCCCAAGCCCAUCAAUGUAACAGGCAAUAAUAAUCAGUUUAAAGAGGACAGCAACGUUGUAGUAGAUGUCGAUGUUGAUGACGAUGCUGGUAUUGAUAGAAGAUUGAAUGAUGAAUUGUUUUAA